AUCCAUCAUCCAUCCAUUCACGUGAAUAAAAAAGCUGAUUACUUGAAAGCGAGAAAAAAAGCAAACGCCAUUAUUGUAACGUAGAAGGAAGAAAGCUAACGAAGCUGCUCCACGUCCCUUCUUUAUCAUCUGAGUGUUGACUGUUCAGUGGAAAAGAGAGGAAGAAGAUGGCUGCGGGGGAGGAGAAGGGGGGGAAGACGUUGAUCGUAGCAAUGAAGAUGGAUUCCAGAGGUAGGGAGCUUUUAACUUGGUCUCUUGUCAAGCUUGCAGAGGCCGGUGAUCGGGUAAUCGCGAUCCAUGUUCUUCCCACUGAGGCGGCGGAUUCAGAUUGGAGUACCUCUUCUUUGAUUUCGCUUAUCAAGCAUUUUGAGGACGUGCUUGCUGUUUAUGAGGGUUUCUGUAAUCUCAAGCAGGUCGAGCUGAAGAUGAAGUUAUGCCGGGGUUCUUCCAUCCGGAAGAUGCUGGUUCAGGAGGCGUACUCUGUUUCAGCAUCUAAGCUCAUUAUUGGAAGCUCCAAGAACAGUAAUAUUAUAUGUUCCUCAUCCGUAUCCAUGGCUAAGUACUGUGCAAAGAAACUUUCUCGCGGCUGUUUGGUGCUUGCUGUAAACAAUGGGAAGAUUAUUUACGAAAAAGAUGCUGCAGGAAUCAAGUCGACAGAAGAGCUUCUACAGAAACGUGAUUCCAUAAAAAUGGAUGAUAUAAACAUUGAUACUUCAAGCCCCUCCAUCUCUUGCCGGCUUACCGAAUCUGUAGAAAGCUCAAGUUUUGAUUCCUUGGACAAUGAUGAAUCUCGAGUUGAUGAAUCUGAUGUGUCCUCAGAACUGGACCCGACAAAGGAUCAUGAAAGCUCCAUGAAUUGUUCAUCCAUGGCGAUUCAUGAAUUUCCUGAAAGAAAACCAGGGUGCCUUCUUCUUAGAAGACCAGUUCUGAACCAGAAGAUGAAUUGGCCGCAUGUGACAUCUAAACCUUCGGUUGUUAAAUGGGUCAUGCGGCUUCCAAGCCGGUAUUAUGCUUCAUCUGUAGUUCAUCCUGAUUAUCGGCGGGCAAAAUCGGAUCUUGUAAAAAAAACUGGUUUUGAUGGGGGGGUUGGUGCUAUGGAUCCAUUGAGCCCAGCCUCUGUGUUUGAGGAGCUCCCUAAAGAGUUGCUUUCUCUUCUGGAGAAUUACUCUUCUGUUUGCAGGCUGUUUAGCUACAAGGAACUCCUGCAGGCUACAUCCAACUUCGCUCUUGCUAAUAUAAUUGGGAAGGGAGGGAGCUGCAAGGUGUACAAGGGCUGCCUGCCUGAUGGGAAGGAGCUCGCAUUCAAAGUUCUGCGACGAUCGGACAAUCAGAUGGACGAUUUCAUUUCAGAAAUUGAAAUUAUUACCAAUUUGCAUCACAAGAACAUCCUCUCCCUCUAUGGAUUUUGCUUUGAGAGCCGCCACGUCGUCUUAGUUUAUGAAUUCCUUUCAAGGGGCAGCUUGGAUGAAAAUCUUCAUGGUCAUGGGAUCAGAGGAGGCAAGACUGAGCUUUCCUGGGCCGACAGAUAUAAGAUUGCGAUCGGCGUUGCGGAAGCUUUAGAGUAUCUGCACAAUGAUAGCAAUAGAGAGCCUGUGAUCCAUAGAGAUAUAAAGUCAUCAAACAUUCUUUUAUCUGAUGAUUUUGAGCCUCAGCUGUCUGAUUUUGGUCUGGCUCAGUGGGCAUCCUCAUCAACUCGAACAAGUAAAAACACAGACUGCAGUGAUUUGGCAGGCACAUUUGGGUACCUUGCACCGGAAUACUUCAUGUAUGGCAACGUCGAUGCAAAGAUCGAUAUCUACGCUUUCGGCAUUGUUCUUCUUGAGCUUCUCUCUCGAAGGAAACCAAUAUGCACUAGCCGCCCGAAGGGCGAAGAGAGUUUGGCGAUGUGGGCAAAACCAAUUCUUCAAGAAGAGAAUUUUGAUCAACUGGUUGAUCCAUCACUGGGUGAUGAUUAUAACAUUGAUGAGAUAGAAAGGAUGUGCCUUUCUGCUUCUCUCUGCAUCAGCCAAGCUUCUCAUUCCAGACCUUCAGCAGCUCUUGUUUUGAAGCUUCUGAAAGGUGAAGAAGAUGAAGUGGUGGAGUGGGCGAGAGCAGAGCUGAGGGCUUCAAUGGCUUCCGAGGACUCCGACGAUGACUCUGUUCUCCUCCAUUCGAACAUUCAGUCCCACAUCAAUCUUGCUCUGCUCGACGUGGAAGAAGAAGAUGAGCUCUCCUCAAGCAGCAUGGAUCAAUCUGUAAAUUUCUUAACAUCAAAUACCUCCUUGGAAGAUUACUUGAAAGAGAGAUGUGGCCGUUCUUCGAGCUUUUGAUUGAAUUCAUGGCUGAUUUUUGUACAGUUUACUUUUACUUUAUUUAAACUGAAAUAUAAUGGGAUUUUGGGGGGGUGAGAGGUGGUUUGAUGUGCCCUCCUCCUUCAUCCCACUGGGGAUUUUUAUUCCAUGACCUUACUGUUUAAUUAAUUAAUUAAUCCUCUUAUUUGUCUUCAGCCAAAGGGGGUUGGAAUUAGCGAGAGAUUAGUGCUGUGUUACUAUUUUGUAUUUAGUUCAUUUUUGAGCUUUCUUGAAGCAGACAUUGCAGACAUAUUGUAAAAAAAAUGAUUUUUUUU